GGUACCGGACCAGCUCAUCAUUCAGCGACGCGUCGUCAACCGAUCCGGUCGAGUGUUUCCGUGUUUACUAGCAACAGUUUCGAAGUUUGAAGAUCACCAGUAUUGGCAAGUCGGCGAUGUCAACAUAAAAAACUGACCUAACCGACUAAUAUCGCAUGUCAAAUUCAAUUUGAUCUGUUCAAAACGCACAUGUGUUCCCUUGGCGAAGUAAUAGGAGCACUACUUGGCUCGGAUGUGAUUAAUUGGUACCAGAUAUCGAGAAGAUUCGAGACAGCAGUCAAAUAAGUUUCCGGCGCUCCGGCUCGUCAAGAUGAGAAAGCAAGUGAGAUCUCUUCAACUCGCCGUUGCCUUAACAGCGCUCCUAUCUCAACACACAAAUGGUCAAAUCCUCUCCCUCGGCAAAUGCCCGGAAGUGGCCGUCCAGCCGGAUUUCAACGCCGAUUCCUAUCUCGGCCUCUGGUACGAACAGGAAAAGUAUCCAUUUAUCUUUGAAUUUGGGGGCCGGUGCGUGACAGCAGAAUACGGAAAAAACAGUGACGGCACAGUUUCGGUGUUCAACCGACAACAGAAUGUUUUCACGCUUGCUGAAAAUACAAUCCGAGGUUCGGCACGGAUAGUUGAACCGGCAAAGCUGGCCGUCAAAUUCUCAAUACCUUUUGAAGUUGAAUCCCCGUAUUGGGUACUCGGAACGGAUUACAAAAGUUUUGCCGUGGUAUAUUCCUGUAAUGAGAUUGGUGGUCUCUUCAACACGAAGGUUGUUUGGAUUCUGACGAGAGAUCGGACGCCACCGGUGGAUGUGAUGAAUCAGGCUUACACCGUUUUGGAUACUGCUAAACUCACACGAUCCUACCUGAUUCGAACGGACCAGAAGAAUUGUAACAAUAUCAAAAAGCUGCUAAUAUGAUAGCUGCAUAAAUCUGGCUAUAAUCGAGGCUGCUUUUGAAUAUUUUGAAAGUAAAUUUACAACUCGUACAUAUUUAUUCAACCUUUAAAAAUAUAAUUUCAAAUUAAAUACAAGUUAA